AUGAUUCAGAGUCUGCUGGAGGAGCCUGAUCUUUCCCUGCACGCACGCUGUUAUCCAGACGAACAGUCCGGCACGCGCAAGUCGGUCAUUCAGCAAUGCACCAUAGAUAUUACGGUGUGCGGUCCAUUCUCUCAACUGGACGAAGUAGGAACCUGGUUCCAAGACUACGAGGUGUAUCUACAGGAUCCGAGACACUGCCACCAAAACGUCCGCUAUUGCAAUCCUCAUCGACUAUCAUCAUCAGACUUAGACAGCUGCCCCUGGCUGUCCGACUACGUGUCAGACAAGACCGUCCUCGAAUUUGAGGAGAUUACCGACCGUCGAGAUGUUCUUGAUGUCUUCAGCACGAGGAAAGAUCUCGAAGAAGCAGACCAGCCAGCAGCAAUUCUGACGGCGUUGAAGAAGCACCAAAAGCAGGCAUUGACUUUCAUGCUUGAACGGGAAAAGGGGUGGAAUUACCGAAGUGCAGGAGGUGACGUCUGGGAAGUCCUUGACUCGAGUCGCAUCCCGGUGUUUCUUAACACGGUCUCAAACUCGUGUCAGGCGGAAGAGCCACCACAGUUCUAUGGCGGAAUCGUCGCAGACACAAUGGGCCUUGGUAAAACCUUGACUAUGAUCUCUCUAGUGACCACCGACCACGAGAACGACCAACAGCACUGCCAUGUUCAGGGUUUCGACAAUGGAGAAUCCUGCGGAAGACCGACCACGUCCGCAACGCUCAUUAUUGUUCCACCACCACGUAAGCACGUGAGACCCGGAUGUAUCAAUGUUCACAUUCACCACAGGAAAACACGUUUGGGAGAAUCUUCGACAUUGAAGAGGGGCGAUAUCGUGUUGACAACAUUCCACACUGUUUCAGCUGACUGGAAGCCAGCUGGGACGUCGCACGAAUCUUUCAUUUUUUCGCGUUGUUGGAGAAGAAUCAUCCUCGACGAAGCGCACUUUAUCAAGAAUGGAAACACUCGCAUCACAAAAGCUGUGUGUGCACUCGAGGCCGUCGCUCGAUGGGCGGUCACGGGCACGCCGAUACAAAACCGUCUGAGCGAUCUCGCCACUCUCUUACAAUUCGUACGCCCGCAUCCCUACGGCGACCCCCGAUGCUUUGAUGCCGACAUCUCUCAGCUGUGGAAGUCAGGACAAAGUACCAAAGCAGUCGAACGUCUGAAGCUGCUUUCCGCCUCUCUUGUCCUCCGCAGAAGUCAAGGAACAAUCGAACUACCUCCACGGAAAGACCUGUUAUGUCCUGUUGAUUUUACACAGAAGGAGCGCGAAGUGUACGAGCGGAUGAGAGAGCAUGCCAUCACACGUAUCGAUGACGCGUUGCAUGAAGGGCACCAACAGCAACGCGCACACGGCUCAUCUCAUGUCAAUGCUUUGCAGCAGAUCGAAGCAUUGAGACUGUUCAGCGACCUUGGCCUCCAUUACCAUUCCCGACCAUCGGCCAUGGCCGAUUCCGAAGAGUGGGAGCAGCAAGCUCAGGCUGUGCUCUAUCGCCAGUGCGAGUUGGGACCAGUGAUCUGUAUCCAGUGCUCGUCUGCGACCGACAUGACAGAAAUCGCGAGCGAUGAUGGGCUUUCCUCUAACACGUCGAAACGGCAAGAACCUAGGGCACGCUUUUUCAGCUGUCUACGCUUCAUAUGCAGCGAUUGCGUCGACAAUCUCGGCCGAUCUAGGCGCUCGCUUCCGUGCGGGCACACCAAGUCGUGUGCUUUCGCCUCCGUAUCGACAAGCUUAACAUCUAAGGUCGACGACACAGUCGUUGCUCACAAUACUCUGGAGACAUCGGACUCUCAGAACUUCACGCACAUGUCUUCCAAGGUAAAGGCACUGGUGGCUGACAUUCAUACAGUCCCUGCACACGUGAAAUGCUUGACGUUGACUGCCGCCUCGCGAGCUUAUCUCCUCGAGCCUCAUUGGAACCCCACGCUCGAGGAUCAGGCUCUGGCGAGAGUCCAUCGCCUUGGACAGGAACGGCCAGUGACGACGAUUCGUCUCUACAUGCGCAAUUCCUUUGAAGAAGAGGUCAUGAAACUCCAGGACUCGAAACGGGAUCUAGCUGGCAUUCUUCUGUCACCCCAUGACGGAAUUGAGACGGACACCAGUCUGGGAACAUUGGAGAGGCUACGGUCACUCCUGUGA